AUGCUUGACGAAUGUUACAAUGAUGAAUUGGUGCAAGCAGAAUGGAGUACUCAACAAAAGCAUAGAGUAAAUUGUUCAUUUUAUCUAAAAAUCGGUGCAUGCCGACACGGUGAUAAGUGUUCUAGGCUUCACACAAGACCAACUUCUAGUAAGACAAUACUAUUGAAAAAUUUCUACCACUUUGGUGGUAUCAUUCGUCAAGAUUUUCCUAAAGAAAAAGAGCAACGUGAAUUUGACGAGUUUUUUCGUGAAGUUUAUUUGGAAAUUGAUGAAGAAUAUGGUGAAAUUGAUGAAAUGAAUGUAUGUGAUAAUACUGGUGAACAUAUGCUUGGCAAUGUUUACAUUAAAUUCAUGCAUGAAUCUAAUGCAAAUAAUGCAGUGAAAGCUUUAAACAAUCGUUGGUUUAAUGGUAAACCGAUUCACUGUGAAUUGUCACCGGUUUCUGAUUUCCGUGAUGCCUGUUGCCGACAGUAUGAAAAUGGAGAAUGUAGUCGUGGCGGUUUUUGUAAUUUUAUGCACCUGAAAAAGGUAAGUUCGUCAUUGAAACGAAAACUGGAAAAGGAAAGUGAAGGACGAAAGCGCCGUAAGAAGAGCGCAAAAUUACGAAAGAUAUCAGAAUGCAGUUGCAAGAAGAUAGAUGGUUCAUUACCAAAGAAAUAUCAAGAUGCAUUCAGUAGUGAUGAGUCAUCAUCUUGGUCCGAUUAUGGUCCAUCAUCAUCCGGAAAUCAUCGUUCACUAACACCAUUUGCUUUUCGUGCUGAUCGAUAUACAUCUGAUGUUAGCGAAUCUGACUCCGAAACGGAUCCGGAAUUUGAAGCUCACAAACAGUUAUUAAGACGUCAACGAUGGGAGGAAUUACGCGAUAAAUUUGAAAUGCAACAAAAAUGGGACGAAGAUCGCGAACGAAAUUUUGUAUUUUCAUUACUAUGA